UUAGCUAUCGCUCAAAAUUUCUUCAUAGGAGUUGGUAUACAACAUUGGCAACACUGGCUGAGGGGGAGACUCAGCUGACUUUUCUGUUGAACCCUGGAGUUAAAAUUUUUAACUCUGUUCGUGGGUAAAUGUUUUGCGCUUAAUAAUAAGAGUUCGUGGCGCCAGAGCAUCAAGUAAGGUAUGAUGCAAUCCACGGACCAUGUCCCUGUUCACAAAAGCGAAUCUCAUACGCUUUCUGGCCGGCGCGAUAUUCUUAUUGCUGGUGCUUAACUUUGUGGGCUUUCGCACUGACGGAGCUAGUGGCACUUCCCUUAGCAAACUCAGCAUUCGGCGCGUGCACAAAUAUGCUCAUAUCUAUGGAAAUGCCAGCAGAGAAGGAGGAGGAGGAGAAGGGCUACCCGCUGCUCCACUUGUCUUGUCCAAGGACAGGGAGCGGGGUCGGGUUCCCGACGGCAGUCCCAACUCCACCCUAACAACUGUGAUUGCUAACGCAAACUUUACUUCCAUUCCACAAGACUUAACGCGCUUCCUGUUGGGCACAAACAAGCCGCUGCCCUUGGGACAGAAAUCCACAUCCGCCCUCCUCGCUAACUGCACUGAUCCCGACCCUCGCGAUGGUGGACCAAUCACACCUAAUACCACACUGGAAUCGCUGGAUAUAAUCGAAGCCGAGCUGGGUCCUCUUCUGCGCCCUGGCGGCGCCUUCGAACCAGAAAAUUGCCAUGCCAAGCACCAUGUGGCCAUUGUGGUGCCCUUCCGGGAUCGAUACGCCCAUUUAUCUGUUUUCCUGCGCAACAUACACCCUUUUCUGAUGAAGCAGCGCAUUGCCUAUCGCAUUUUCAUCAUAGAACAGACCAAUGGAAAGCCCUUUAAUCGGGCUGCCAUGAUGAACAUUGGCUAUUUGGAAGCCUUAAAGCUAUAUCAGUGGGAUUGUUUUAUAUUCCACGAUGUCGAUCUUCUACCGUUGGACGACCGCAAUCUUUACAACUGUCCACGUCAGCCUCGGCAUAUGUCAGUGGCUAUAGACACGCUGAACUUCAGGUUGCCUUAUCGAUCAAUAUUUGGAGGCGUUUCUGCCAUGACGCGUGAGCACUUCCAGGCUGUAAAUGGAUUCUCCAACUCAUUCUUUGGCUGGGGGGGCGAAGAUGAUGACAUGUCCAACCGGUUAAAGCACGCCAACCUAUUCAUAUCAAGGUAUCCCGUCAACAUCGCCCGCUAUAAGAUGCUCAAGCAUCAGAAGGAGAAGGCCAAUCCUAAGCGCUAUGAAAACCUUCAGAACGGGAUGAGCAAAAUAGAACAGGAUGGAAUCAACUCGAUAAAAUAUGCUAUCUAUAGCAUAAAGCAGUUUCCGACAUUCACUUGGUAUUUAGCUGAGCUAAAGAACUCCGAGCGGAAGAGUUAGCUUGCAAAAAGACAGCGUUACAAUACGUGACCUUUCCAACUAUCUAAUAUGCGUAUGUACAAAGGACAUCAUUACUUUCACGAACGGUAUUCUGUUUUAAUAGAAUGUCAGAUUAUGGAAACAUGAUUAGAAUAAUAGACACAUAUUGUGUACAUGGUAGUAAGUCCAGUAACUAUACUCAUAUUACGAUGUAGUUUACUUUUAAUCCAUAAUUUAGCUUCAAUUCGUACUCAUAGAAAAACAGUAAGAACUUGUCUUUGUAGCAAUAAUCCUCCCGUUCACUACUCAAAGUGCUCAAUGAUACUUAUAUAUGUAUAUUGUACACCUAUGUUGAUUUGUUUGAAUUGUUUUUGUUUUGUUUAGUUUUUGUUAUUCGACUAUUGUACUUUAUUAACUUCUCAAAAGACACCUACACCUACUCCUACAAGGUGAAAUGUAGAUAUUACUUUUGUGAUACGCAAAUUGUUAUUCGAUCAGAACGAUUUAUACCAAAAUAAAAUUAUAAAAACUUUUACUAUACCAAA